CAUGUCAAACACCAAUUAAAAAAAAAAAAAAAAAAAAAAAAAACAACUUGCUAGCUUCUAUAAAUUAUUCAUCAUAACAAAAUGAAGACUACUCUUCAUCAGCUCUUGCCUGCAUCUCUAAUUUUGUUUUCCUUAUCGUUCUUCCCCUUCAUAGCCUUUUCAGUAAGACAGUUUCCUUUACCGGCGGUAGUGAGCCUGGAUAGAAAGGAGGUGAAGCUGGGUGAGGCGUACUAUAUUGCCUCUACUAUGUCCCCAACAAUUGGGGUGUGCCUGGUGGACAACGUUAAGUGUCCCAAAGACAUCAUCCAGUGCCCCUUCUUCUCCGACAACCCCUUCGGCCUGCCUAUCACCUUCUCCUCCGUCGACAACUCCACGGAGGACACCGUGGUUCGAGAGAACACUCCCUACCGUAUUCAGUUGUCCGCCCCUGGAAACUGUAGCAAAGAAAACUUCUGGUACCUAAAGGAUGACGGAAUCCCCGGCAAGAAUUUCGUCGCUAUAGGUCCCAAGACUCUGGCUGUGGAAUUUGUGCUCCAGAAAGUGCUGUUUGGGUACAAGAUCACCGGAUGCGUACUACCAUCUUUGCCCAUUUGCUACGGCCUUGGGAUGGUAUUUGAAUCUGAUUUGGAUCGACUGGGUAUCGGGUCGGACGUCCAGGCUGUGGAGUUUUUAUUCGACAAGUCUUCCAGGCCACUACCGUCGCCAUCGGCAACCAGCUAGAUUCACUGUAGCUAACAACGUAACCAGUUGUAUAUUCUGGUUACGUUUUGUCGGGGACAUCUAUGUAUGUACGUAUGUAAUAAUUUGUCUGCUGCAUAUAUGCCAUGCAUAUAUAGGACAGCAGCUCGAUCUGUACUCUCAAUAAGCUAAUUAAGGGUUCUGUAUCCUUAAUAUCUUCGUAUUAUAUUUAUGGAAUUAUGCUUUUUAAUUUAUAAUAA